GGAGCAAGGUGCUGGACGAAGGUGUCUGAACUCUGAAUCAAUGGCAGGACGUCGACUCGACAAAUAAUAAUAAUAAAAAAUAAUGUAUCGGUUAAUUUUGAGCUUGUUUUGAGUAAUUACUGGGGUGCUUGACAUUUUAGACUUGUUUUCUUUUUCUCUCAUUUCAAGAAAAUGGCUGAGACUUUUAAAGAUGUUGUGGAGGUGGCCAUACACUCCAAACUUGAUUCACUGUCAACGAAUAGUCAGUUUGCAGCGAGUUUGAGGCUGGAUAACAAUGAGUUUGCCAACAAAACAAACUGUGAAGACAUGCCUAUACCUGUCUCCCUUGAAAAGCUGAAAAAGCUAGCACAUGUGAUUUCUAAAGGAAGUACUAAACCAGACCCAACAGACAGAUACACACACUUGUUGAAGUUAAAGAAAUUGUGGCAGAUUAGUGGACAAGAAAUGUUAAAAGCAAAUGGAUUUACUGCUCUAGUCGAAAAGUAUUCUGAGACUCUGCCAGAAUUAACCAACAAAAUGUUACGUCUUAUGGGCCUGGACCCUCUAGCAUUUAAAGUGAAAUCAACCUUGCAGUCUGUCAUCAUUUGUGGAACUGGUAGCUCGUUAAAGGGUUCCUUCAGUGAAGACAAAGGAGGAUUCAUGAAAAUGAUAUUACAAAUCCCAGUUGAAGGUGGCCAUGAAGGAGGUCGAAUCAAAGUGGAACUCAAUGAUCAAAUUCGUUUGUUCAACGUUGGCGAUGGAAGUGAUCUUUAUUACCACCUGACUACUUUUUACUCGGAUUGCGAUCACACGUUCGAAGAGGUCAAGUUUGGCUGCCGAUUGGCCAUGAUCUUCGACUUGGAACUCGAAACGAUCCCUCUCUUAUCCUCCUUAUCGCCGUCUGCGGAUCUCCACACCUUUCUAGCCGUCAACGACGUUCAAGAGACUCUUGCCCAGUGGGCCCCAACGGAGAAUCCUAGUAAAUUGGUCUUACUCCUUGAGCAUCGCUACGCCACGUCUGAGCUCAAUUUUGGCCGCUUGAAAGGUAAAGAUCGCAUUCUAGUUCGGCUCCUUCUCUCCGUUGGCACUGUCGACAUGUAUCUGGCCCACUUGCGGAAAUCUGCCUGCGGAUCGUCUAAUAACGAGACUCUCUCGGAAGAGGAGAGCAUGGAAACCGACGAGGAGAAUUCGGUGACGCAGCGUCCCGUUGCCAACUGUUUGUGCUGCCUUCAAAAACGUUGCAAAUGUCUACGCCACGACUCACAGACAGUCUCUGACGGCGUCCUUCCCGAUAUAGGAGUCGAUGUCGAGAUUACGAGUCUGACCUGUCUCGACGGGCGAAUCCUAGAAUGCAGCCCCCUCCUUAACGUCGAUGUCGAUGCGGAUGUGAUCCCUUUUAAUCACAGUCUCUACACGCUCGAGCCUGAAGGACCUCUAGUGGAUUCUGAUUUCAUGGAAAUGAGUGGCGACUUUUUCGACCCGAGUAACUUGCACUAUGUCUAUCAUACUCGAUCCGUCCUUGUGAUUAGCCCAAAAAAAUCCUUGGACCUGAUGCUCAGUUGCAAUUUCACCGUUGCACUGGACCAACUGGAGGCCAACCCGAGCAUCUUUGCCUUGAGUCGAGUGAUAACAUUCUGCGAGGAUUCUCCAGACAAAGUUUGGCUGGAGGCUGUCGACCGGGCAGAGAGAACACGGCGUCUUGUGUCCAUGUGCCUUCGACUCAAUGCCAAAUUGAACGGUCUGAGGUUACUGCGUGUGUUGUCCAACAACUUCCCCGGACAGCCUAUCCAGUACGAAGGAUUGAGGAGCAAAGCGGUUGCCAUCCAAGUGGCCCGUCUGAUCAAAAAGAUCGGAGUGACCGCUUCGGAUGUCACCAACGAGCUCGUCUCUGAGCGUCGGGCCUUGGAGCAAAUCGAAAAUUUCGCUCACUUGGUCAUGGAACUUUAUAACGUCGACUUUAAAGACAUGGCAGAAAACCUCGGCAGCAAAUGUGUCACUUUUCUCCACUCCCAGUCUAAAAAUUUGAUGCCCAGCCUGUCCGUCUCCCCACUCGUUACCUGUGCCGCCAUGGUCAUCCGCAUGCACGAGGAGAAUCCCGUCAGUGGCUGGUUCACGCUCUACACUUUCAGCGAUGGCCUCAAGUUGCUUCCUCUGCCUAUGCUCUUCUUCGUCAUCGAUGGAAUUCAGACGACUUGCCGAUCCUACCUUGACAGCAACGAAGAAUGCCAGAGAAUGCAGCAGGGUCUGCACAGGAAGCUGCUCACCUACUAUCUCCCGGAAGCCUUGGCUGCCGAGAUCAUGUUCUUUUAUCUCAAACUGAACGACACCAUUUUACUCAAGAAAAUUACUCAAGAACUUGUUUACCAGAGCAACUUUGACGCCAUCAAAAUGAUCGUCGCUUCCCCUGACGUCUGGAACCAAGCUUUAGCCACCACGGGCGGAAAAUGGGCGCUCAACUGGCUGGUCUCUACUCGCAUCAAUCACCUCGAGAGGAUGCGCCUGCCCGUGUUCAGUUGGAUCCAGGACCAUGCCAUCGUCGAUGAUUUCCAUCCCUUGAAGAAUUUUCUUCAUUCCUCUGAGGCCAGAUUCACUUUCCACGGAUUCACCAGCCAACAAGCGGCGGAGGCGUGGUGCGAGGAGCACUUUGGACCCGAUCAGCUGGAAGACGGUUACAGCGCCAAAACGGAAAUCAAAGGCCAAGGCGCGAAAUUUGAAUGCGUUGUCAUCAAGACUCGCGAUUUGCAUUGGCAUCACGUCAAGUUGUUUCACGAAUCGCGCACCGAAUUGCUGGAGCUUCGGGAUCGACGACUCCGCCGACUGCCGGCCGAAGAAUGCGAAUCCAAAGUUCACGUCGUCACAAUAUCUCUGAACGAUUCGAUGAAAUCUGAAUCUACCUCGCGCGCCUCAUCUCUUCCACCUUCCAAACGACUCCGCCGUAUGUGACAGCAGCCUUUAAGGAAAUGAAUUCAAAAUCGCUUCUUCUUAUCUCGUCAUUAACAUUUCACGUUUGUAUUUUUCUCUUAUUUCUUUUUUUCUUUUCGGAAAGUUGGUUGAAAAGUAUCUUGUGUUUUCUUGUGUCUAAUUGUUUUAUUCCGUGUUUAAUUUGGUGUGUUGAUGAGAACCCAGUUGCGAUCCUUGGUUAGAAAAGUCGCGAAUAAUUGAAAUUGAUUUUUAUCGCCGGAGCGAAAAUGUUUCAACAGAUUUUUUUUCUUUCUUUUUGGGGAAUACAGAAAACUUUUCCACA